AUAGUAGCAAAUAGUAAGUUGCCAACACAAGAAAAAAAUGGGAGGGAGCUGCCUCUCCAUCUAGAAUGGGAAAAGAGGCAGAGAUUUUCUGUAUUCAUGACAUACUCCAUUAGAUAUAUUUCACUACCUUAGCGUCAGCCGCCAUCCAGUCAAACCCACCAGCUUUGACCAAAAACACACCCUCCUCUCUAGGCAAUUCCCACUAUAUUUUCAACGGUCAAACUUCCCUUAAAUUACUCGGAAACUCCCUAGCCCAAACAGAAAAAAAAAAAAAAAAAAAAAAAAAAAAAAAAAAGAAUGGGGAACCAUCUUCUCUUCUUCACUUGUUUCUUUCUUCCUCAUCACAUAUCAGUCGUGCCCUCGGUCUUCUCAUAACUUUUUUCUUCUCAUCUCUAUCUUUUCUUCCCUUUUUUUUCAUGGCCUCCUCUUGUAGCAGCCUUGACACGUCCGCCAAUUCCCACCCGCAAAACGGCUUUAGUUUCUUUACACAUCCCUUCAUGACAACCUCUUUCUCUGAUCUUCUUGCAUCCGGUGCCACCGACAAUGAAAACCCUUCCUCGGCCGUCAAUGGUGGCCUUGAUGCCAAGCAUGGAGGCCGGUUGUCGUUGUCCGAUCGGAUUGCCCAGAGAACUGGCUCCGGUGUACCUAAGUUUAAGUCACUUCCUCCUCCGUCACUGCCUAUCUCUCCUCCUCCUGUGUCACCUUCUUCGUACUUUGCUAUCCCUCCAGGGCUCAGCCCAGCUGAGCUUUUGGACUCUCCUGUAUUGUUGAACGCUUUUAACGUUCUGCCAUCUCCUACCACUGGAACAUUUCCAGCUCAGGCUUUCAAUUGGAAAUCCAAUUCUGCAAACAACCAGCAAAACGUCAAACAGGAAGACAAGAACUACUCUGAUUUUUCUUUCCAAACUCACCCAAGGCCAGCUACCUCUUCGUCAAGCAUGUUUCAAUCGUCAACCAACACAAAUCAAACUGUACAACGUCAACAAGCUUGGAGUUUCCACGAGUCUGCAAAGCAAGAGGAUUUUUCCUCGGGAAAGAGCAUGGUAAAACCUGAAUACACUCAGAUGCAGAGCAUUUCUCCUGAGAUUGCCAACAUUCAAAGUAACUCACAAAGCAACAGCAGCUUCCAAUCAGAUUAUUGCAAUUAUCAGCAGCAAUCUCAGUCAGUUAGAGAGAGCAGAAGAUCAGAGGAUGGAUACAACUGGAGGAAAUACGGACAAAAGCAAGUGAAAGGAAGCGAAAACCCAAGAAGUUACUACAAGUGCACGUAUACCAACUGCCCAACAAAGAAGAAGGUUGAGAGAUCUUUAGAUGGGCAGAUAACUGAGAUAGUUUACAAGGGUAGUCAUAACCAUCCUAAACCUCAGUCCACUAGGAGAUCAUCAUCUUCUAUUUCUAUUCAGAAUUCGAGUGCUGCUAGCUCUGAAAUUCUGGAUCAGUCAUUGGCAAUUCAUGGCAGUGGACAGAUGGAUUCUGUUGCAACACCAGAAAAUUCCUCUAUAUCAGUCGGCGAUGAUGAUUUCGAUCAGGGUUCCCAGAAGAGUAAAUCAGGAGGAGAUGAGUUUGAUGAAGACGAGCCUGAGGCCAAAAGAUGGAAAAGUGAAGGUGAAAAUGAAGGAAUUUCAGCACCUGGGAGUAGAACUGUGAGGGAACCUAGAGUUGUAGUUCAAACAACCAGUGAUAUUGAUAUUUUGGAUGAUGGAUACAGAUGGAGAAAAUAUGGGCAAAAAGUGGUCAAGGGAAAUCCAAAUCCAAGGAGCUAUUACAAGUGCACAUAUCCAGGAUGUCCAGUGAGAAAGCAUGUUGAGCGAGCGUCGCAUGAUCUUAGGGCAGUGAUCACAACGUAUGAAGGGAAGCACAAUCAUGAUGUCCCGGCGGCUCGUGGCAGCCAUUCUGUCAAUAGACCUUUACCAGACAACAACAAUAAUGGUAACAACAAUGCGGCAAUGGCAAUAAGGCCAUCAGCUGUUAACAAUCACUCUAACAAUUCCAUGACCAACCCUCUUCGCAGUUUGAGGCCAGCGGAAGCCGAAGGGGAAUCACCCUUCAUGCUGGAGAUGUUGCAGGGAACUGGAAACUUUGGAUUCUUAGGAUUUGGGAACUCGAUGGGAUCUUUCAUGAAUCAGCCACAAGAUGUAAACAAAAUGUUUUCCAGAACCAAGGAAGAACCAAGAGAUGAAGUGUUCAUCGAGCCGUUACCAUAUUGAAAUUUGCUCAGAAAUUAAAGGUUUGGGGAGUAUAGAGGGGAGUGAAAGCCACAAGAAUAAGGAGCUGAGGCUCAUUUAAGUAAAUUGCAUUCUGUUUGUUUGUUGUAUAUUCCACAUUUUUUUUUUUGUAUAUUCAGAUUGGUAUUAUAUAGAGGCUGUAAAAGUUUAUUAUUUUUUUAUUGUUUUGAGGCCUCUCUCUCUUUGGGUGGACGAGAACAGGAGAGCGUCAAAUCAUUUCCUUUUUUUUUAAAUCACACAAACUAGUGAUCCAUUUGCUUUAGAAAAAUCCUUUUAUGUUAGUUGAAAAAAACAAAGAAUGCUGGAUUUGCUUCGGAUGUGCAGUCUGAAUGCCUGCUAGAUUAUGCAGGUAUUUUAGACUUUGAAAACAAAA